GUCCUCAGGAGUCCUGAACAGACAGGGGAGGGCAGGAGUGUCUCCAUUCACACAGGCUUCAGGGGUCAGGGGUGGGACACUGGCCGAAAUGCCUGGGAAGCCAUUAAGCAGGGAAGCAGACCUCCGUAAGUAAUUCAAGGUUUACAAUUUUAAGUAAGUCUGCUCUAUGCCUCAAUGUCAUUAGCUGCAGUCAACUUCAAUGAAACAAACAAAAAAUUUAAUACACUGCAUAUGGGUCUGAGGGCUGGAUGAACAUGAAGUGGUGACAGGGAAAAGCAACUUGCACAUACAACGUUAUGGUGAUGUAAUGAAAAAAUAAAUAAAAAAACACAUUAUCGUCAUUACUAAAAAAACAAUGGUAAAUAUUGUGGAGACAUUGUUUUGCUGUAACCCUACUUCAGCAUAAGGCUCAAACUGUUAUCUGUGUAUUUAUGUUAUUAUUUCAUGUCCGGGCGUUAUUAUCUGCAAGGCUGUAUUGCCAAGGGCAGUGUGUGUGUUGCAGUUCCUCCGGCCGCCGCCUCCUGCGCCCCGCCUCCCGCUGAGCGGCCCGGAUCUGCGCGCAUGUGCACUGCGCGCCUUCAGCCCGCCAUUUUGUGCAGAGCCCACUCCGCCACGGAGGAGGAGAGGAUUAAAACCACCGGGAGAGAAGGGUGCUUUACACACCGCUGCCGUUACACCCGGGCUUUCGCCUCAAUACAACCAGAAAAUAAACGGAAUUCAGCAGGCUGCACAGAUGGAAGGGGAGCCGACUGCAUCAGUCAUGGAGGAGGCGGGCGACGGCUUCAAGGCAAAGGACUGCAAGACAUACCAGAGGCGGCGUGGGGGUGGGGGGGACGAGGAGGUGGGGGUGGAUCUGCUGGAAACGGGGAUGGAGGUGGUUCAACCACAGGGAGGCGCUGACGUGGUGGAAAUGAUGGUCAUGGACUCCUUGGACCCCACGCUGUUGCAGAUGAAGUCAGAGGUGAUGGAGCAUCAGGAGACGGGCGCGGCUGGCACGGUUGGUGUGGCCGGCUCCGCCCACGAGGCCACCGUCACCACGGUGGACGACACCCAGAUCAUCACGCUGCAGGUGGUGAACAUGGAGGAGCAGCAGCUGGGACUGGGAGAGCUGCAGCUGGUGCAGGUGCCCGUCUCCGCCGUGCCCGUCUCUGCCGCAGCCGCCGCCGUGGUGGAGGAGCUGCAGGGCACCUUCGUGGACGGCGCUGCCAUGCCCAAGGACGGCGAGCCAGUGAUCUGCCACACCCUGCCUCUACCUGAGGGCUUCCAGGUGGUGAAGGUGGGGGCGAACGGGGAGGUGGAGACGGUGGAGCAGGACGAGCUGCAGCAGCAGGAACAGCCCGAACCGCAGACCGAGGACCCCUCCUGGGCCAAAGACCCCGACUACCACCCCCCUGUGAAGAGGACGAAGAAGACGAAGAAGAGCAAGCUGCGCUACGACACGGAGGAGGGCAAGGACAUGGACGUGUCUGUGUACGACUUCGAGGAGGAGCAGCAGGAGGGGCUGCUCUCAGAGGUCAACGCAGAGAAGGUGGUGGGAAACAUGAAGCCCCCCAAACCCACCAAGAUCAAGAAGAAAGGGGUAAAGAAGACAUUCCAGUGCGAGCUGUGCAGCUACACCUGCCCGCGCCGCUCCAACCUGGACCGCCACAUGAAGAGCCACACGGACGAGAGGCCACACAAGUGCCACUUGUGCGGCAGGGCCUUCAGGACUGUUACCCUGCUGAGGAACCACCUGAACACACACACAGGAACGCGGCCACACAAGUGCACAGACUGUGACAUGGCCUUUGUCACCAGUGGAGAGCUGGUCAGACAUCGACGCUAUAAGCACACCCACGAGAAGCCCUUCAAGUGCUCCAUGUGUGACUACGCCAGUGUGGAGGUGAGUAAGCUGAAGCGGCACAUCCGUUCGCACACCGGGGAGCGGCCCUUCCAGUGCAGCCUGUGCAGCUACGCCAGCAGAGACACCUACAAGCUGAAGAGACACAUGAGGACACACUCAGGGGAGAAGCCGUACGAGUGCUACAUCUGCCACGCCCGUUUCACCCAGAGCGGCACCAUGAAGAUGCACAUCCUGCAGAAGCACACAGAAAACGUGGCCAAGUUCCACUGCCCGCACUGCGACACCGUCAUCGCCCGCAAGAGCGACCUGGGUGUGCACCUGAGGAAGCAGCACUCGUACAUCGAGCAGGGCAGGAAGUGCCGCUACUGCGAGGCUGUGUUCCACGAGCGCUACGCCCUCAUCCAGCACCAGAAAUCCCACAAGAACGAGAAACGCUUCAAGUGCGACCAGUGUGACUACGCCUGCCGGCAGGAGCGGCACAUGGUGAUGCACAGGCGCACGCACACUGGGGAGAAGCCUUACGCCUGCAGCCACUGUGAGAAAACCUUCCGGCAGAAGCAGCUGCUGGACAUGCACUUCCGACGCUACCACGACCCCAACUUCGUGCCCACCUCUUUCAUCUGCACCAAGUGUGCCAAGACGUUCACACGCAGGAACACCAUGGCCAGACACACCGAGCACUGCACUGGCCCGGACACAGAGGGAGAGAACGGUGCCGCGCCCAAGAAGACCAGAGUGGGGAGGAAGAGGAAGAUGCGCAGCCGAAAGGAUGAAGAUGAUGAUGACAGCGAUGAACACGCCGAGCCGGAGCUGGAUGAUGUGGAUGAGGAGGAUGAGGAAGACCUGCUGGCUGCUGAUGAGAUGGAGGUGGAGCAGGCACCCCCCAGCACACCUGUCCCUGCCCCCAUGCCCCCACCUGUCAAGAGGAAACGCGGGCGACCUCCUGGCAAGGCCAACCAGCCCAAACAGCCACCACCAGCCGCCAUCAUCCGUGUGGAGGACGAGAACACAGGGGCUGUAGAGAACAUUAUCGUGAAGAAAGAGGCGGAGCCGCCUGGGAGUGAGGAGGGCGGGGCCAUGCAGCUGCCCGCGGUCGAGGCUGCGCCCAAUGGUGACCUCACACCUGAGAUGAUCCUGAGCAUGAUGGACCGAUGAUGGGCACGCCUGCUCUUCCCAUCCCGCCACCAAGUCCUCUCUGUUUGCUCAGUUUUUAUAUCAAGCUUUUCCCCUCUCCUUUUUCAUUAGUUUCUCAUCUCUCAAAUAAAAGGCCAUGCAGAUCAUUGUGGGAAGGCUUUGCAGGUGUAGAGGCACAUUUUUACAAGAUUAACAAAUGUAGUACUGAUAGCUGGUCCCUGCUGUGUCCAGGGGAAGGUGCUCUUGAGCGAGUUACAGUGAGUAGGGGUUGUGGUGGACUGUACUCUCCCAAAUGUGUGAAGCUGUCCUUACACUUCUGUAACGUUUCCAUGGCACCAGGGGAAUACAGCAGGGUUGUCAGGUUGGUUGCUCUCACUGUUGUAAAGGAAAGAGGAGUGGUGUCUGCUCUCCCCCCCCCCUUUCAGAGGGAUCCCUGUUCUUGGUGUCCAUGGCGCCUUUUGUUGCUGUGCUUCACCCAAGUCUGUCCACUCUUUCCAUGAAGUUAGAAGCUACAAUGAGUCUUCACCAUUGCAUACUUGCUCAGCGGUCAGAGAGGAUAGGACAAUGAGACCCAUUGUUUUAAGCCUGCAAUUAUGUUGUACAAAGCAAUCUUGGCUAGUUUUGCUUGUAAAUAAUUUAAUUUUUUUUUGUUUUAGGAACAUUUGACUCUUUUUCUAGUUAUUGGAGAUUAUGUAAAUGCUGAAAGUGUUGGCAUUUUAACAGUAGCUUUUGGACUUCAGCCAAUUCAAUCUGUUACUCUCUGGUGAUUAAAUGUGAAGAAAUUCUAUAAAGAAAAUCAUGUAGCAAACAUGUGGCCUCUCUCCUGUUUUUCUUGUUCUUCUGUUCCUUAUUUCUCAUGCAUUCAGUGCAGCUGGAGUGUACCCUGACACCCCCCUCACCCCCGACUCACCCCACACACCCCUCACCUCCCACACCCC